AUACCUCCACUUCCAUAUCUGCUCGCAAUAAACGCUCUCGCUCAUAGAAUCUGCAAGGAGACAUAUCAAGGAAUGACCUGUGUGUCAGAGGCAUUUAUUCAUAGUUUGAAGGAGAAUCUUUGAGGAGAUCAUGGUACUUGCUGUACGGACGUGGCUCGCGAACAAUGGAGCCAAGCAUAUAGUCAUGUUGAUUUGGACGGGCCUGAACGCAGUCCUCUUCUGGCACACGUAUACCCAUUAUAAAUACGAGCCAAGUUACUUCUACCUUCAUCAGAUGCUAGGGGCAGGGUUAUGCAUAUCACGUGGUACUGCCUCCGUGUUGAAUCUCAACUGCUGUUUACUUCUAUUGCCCAUGUGUCGCGCCACUAUGACGGCCAUACGGACAUGUGGUAACAGGCUCUCAAGGCGAACGAUUUGUCUUCUAAUCGACCACUGUAAGGGAUUCCAUAUAGCCUGUGCCUAUACAGUCAUCGUUGCAUCUGUGAUUCAUUAUUCAGCCCAUAUGAUAAACGCGCAGAACUUUACCCGUUUCUACAACACAGUCUACCAAGACGUUAACGCGGCGAACAGUCCUCAGCAGAAUCCUCUUGUUAUUGUGCUUGGGUCUGUGCCUGGAAUGACGGGAAUGCUGAUGAUGCUGGUCCUGGUGCUGAUAUGCGCCUCAUCAACGUAUAUGAGAAUAGGGAAUUACGACAUAUUCUGGUUGAGCCACCGACUUUAUCUUGUCUUCUUCCUCCUGUUGUUGACGCAUGCUCUCAGAGGAGUCUUGAAGCAGCAGACGAACAUCCACCAACACUGGCCUGGGUGCCGCUAUGGGAAUGUGUCCAUACCGUGGCCAGAGGCAGAACCAGAGUACCACAACGACCAAGAUAAAAUGAAUAUACCAUGUAGAGUUAAACCAUCAUUUGUGACACUCGGAUCUUCGACCUGGAUGUGGAUCAUUGGUCCCAUCCUCCUCUACCUCCUUGAUGCUAUUUUUAGAUGCGCACGCAGACGAGAUGACGCACAGGUCGUGCACGUGCAACAGUACGCCAAUGACGUCAUAGAAAUCAACUUAUCAAAAGAGGGCUUCUGGUGUAGACCGGGACAGUUCGUCCUCAUCAGUUGCCCGAAGCUCUCACAUUUUGAGUGGCAUCCAUAUUCUAUAACAAGGGUUCCUUCAAAGGAGAAGCAGACGUUUUCAAUCCAUCUGAAGACCACUGGCGAUUGGUCAGGUGAUUUGGUAACUACAGUAACCCAUUUUACAUACAGCUGGAAACUGACUCAAAACCAGGCGCGCAUAUCUCCACAAACUCGCAACAACAGUCUUCACCUUGGUUGUGACGACAAGAGUCAUUCAGAUGUCCACGGAGACACCUUUACCCCAGCUAACACUUUCAUUUUAGGGCGGUUAAAAGAUUAUCUGUUAGACGGAGCAAACAGCCGAAGACAGCAUCCAUGGGCAACGAGCUCGAUAAUAUCAGAAAAAUUACUGGUGGAUGGCCCGUUCGGCAGUCCAAGCAGUGAUAUACUCAAAUACCCUGUGUCGGUGUGUAUAGCAGGAGGCAUCGGGGUAACACCGUUUAUAGGAUUAUUAAACUGGCUCAGAACAAGUGAUGACCAGAAGAGAUUACAAAGAAUGUACUUCAUUUGGGUUAUACGGGAUUCAAGGUCCAUCACCUGCUUUGCCGAUACUAUGUGUUUAUUAUAUUCAAAGUUGUGGCAAUAUAACAAACCGGACACGUUUGUGAUACAGCUUCACGUGACUGGGAAAGAUGUAGAAUCGCAAAGAGAAUAUGUGGAACAACUAAGAUAUAACUACCCGAUUCUUUCAUCUCGGGUCCACUUCGGACGGCCAAAGUUUAAGGCAAUACUCAGUGGCAUUAAUGAAGUGUCAGACAGAGGAAAAAUUGGCGUGUUCUGCUGUGGGCCAAAGACUCUAGGCGAAUCAGUUGAGAAGGCUUGCUAUAGAUCUAACAAAGGCAGGUCUAUCUUCAUAUACCAUCACGAGUCAUUCUGAGGACAAUCUAAGAGAACUGCACAACUAAACUGAGGACAACAUGGGACAUUUGCACAACGAAGACAAUCUGGGACAAUUACACAAUCAUGGACGAAGGCACAACAAGAUAGGAUUCCAAUACAUGUUGACUGGGACACAAUUUGGCCAAGGUUAGGGAUGGGGAAGUGGGAGUGCAGUACCUUAGACAUAAGUGAGUGUCGGUCUCUAGAAAUUAGAAGAAUCCUUUAACGCAUUUAGUUGAUGCUAAAGACAUAACGUGUGGAAUCUUCACCGAAUCUUCUGGUGCCAAUGAAGCUGGUAACAUGAGGCAGAGGGUGAGCAGUGAGAGACUUAUCCCAGCUCAGAUCACAAGAACACAGUCACAGUGACUUGUUACCAUUUGACGAAAUCCUAAAGGGAGAUUGAUGUAGCUAGAGCCAAACAUAACACUUGUACAUUAAAAGUAGAUGAUAUCAA